GCCUUGGUGCCCCGAAAAAUAUUCCUGAUGAUUUCUGAACGACCCUCGGUCAAAUACUAGGACACCCAUGAACUCCUGAAACUUCCUGCUGUUCGUCCGCGGAUUGUCGACGAUACUCGACCUUUGAGGGAUUACUUCGUUUCGUAUGUCAAGAUCAAUUCAGCGAUGCACACAUACAACGUUACAUGUUUACCAGCUCUUCGCAUAACACGUAUCUACUCGCAUGGCAAGUCCUCGGUCGUGCAUCUUCCGAGUGCUACACACAUGUUCUCUCCAAGAACGCACGCUGCGUCGAGAUCGAUGUUUGGUGGUCUUCCAAGGGUCCGAUCGUCACGCAUGGAUAUACGCUCAGUCGAAGUGUCACGUUCAAGGCGGUCUGCGAGGCUAUUGGCGAAGCAAUCUUUGAUGAAGACUGGCCUGUCAUUAUCAGUCUAGAGUGCCACGUGCCGGUCGCCCACCAAGGCGAACUGGUGGAUAUCAUGAAAGGCGCAUGGGGCAAUAAGUUGGUGCAGGAGCCAUUGGACGGAGUGGGCGGUGAUACCAUAUCUCCAAGGGAUCUAAAAGGAAAGAUCUUACUUAUGGUGGAGUAUUAUCCGGACGCGUAUUGCCAGGAGAUCACUGCAGAUUCUGAGGCAUUUGAUCACGACUCGUGUGCUGGCACCGAGUGGGAUGAAGUUUCCGAACUUCAUCAUGAGAUCGAUCCUGUCCUUCAGGCGGCCAAUUAUUCCCAGGCAAAGAUUGCAGAUUCGCUGGCCGACCUAGGUUUUUACACAAGAAGUAUGAAACCGAUCAAACACUGGCUUACUGAAGAGUUACCAAGUCCCCCACAUCCCCCCAAUAUCCUGAUGAACAUCAGCGAAUCUUCCAUACUAGCCAUGCUCCCGCAUUCGCUGUCAGAGUUGAUCGAAGAUUCUUGGCGUCGAAUUCGACGCAUCUACCCCCGCGGUGUACGUUUAAGCUCAAGUAAUCUUGACCCGUUGGAGCAAUGGCGCAGCGGCUCCCAGAUUGUGUGUCUCAAUUGGCAGAACUUCGACCUUGGUAUGCAGCUUAAUGAAGCCAUGUUUGCUGGGACUGCUGGCUGGGUUGAGAGGCCAAGCCGGUUGAUAGGAGUUUCUAAGCGCAAUGUGAAGUUGACAUGCAACGUUAUCGGAAUCAGUUCCCUGCCUCGCCCGAAAGAACACACGGAAUUCUCGCCGUAUGUUCACGCGGAGCUUUUUAGUCCUUCGAAGAAUCUAGAUUGGCGGUCCGAACAUUUUAAGUGUAAACAUGUACCAGAGGAUGGCGCAGACGUCAUGUGGAAUGGCCGUUUUGAAUGGGAAUUUGAGGAGGAUGACUUGACAUUUUUCCGCCUACGUAUCCUUCGCCAUGAAGUACUCUCAAAGGAUGAACAAAUGUUGGUUUUCUGUGCUCGUCUUUGCGAUCUUGAGCAGGGCUGGAGGUUCAUGCACCUACUAUCGAUGGAUGGGAGAUGCACUGGGACAACGCUGCUAGUUCGAUUUAUGAUCAGUGGACUAUAGUGGACAAUUAGUAGUAAGCAUAGUAAGGCAUAGAGUAGAAUAUUUAGU